AUGCAAACAAGGUCUAUUAUAGCACUCAUAGCGACUACCGCCCUAGCACUCAGCGUGUCGUUCACAAAGGCUUACCCCAUCCCAGGCCAGAAGCAGCAAAAAGUAUUUGGAACUCACAACAAAAUUAGCCGGGCGCCAGCCAUGCAAAACGAAAUGUACAACCUGCCCUACACUUUUGACACGGACGCCACCGGCGCACCCGAGCUUAGCGACAUCCUCGCACAGGAAAAGAGCGCAACCAUCGCUCUGGAUGCCAUUCUGCGCAGCGAGCCCCUCGUGCGCGCGCUCAGCGGUGACUCUUCUGACUUUAAGGACGGGCUCACUCUGCUUUUGCCUACUAACAAAGCAUUCCAGAGCUUGGACUCGCUUCCUGACGACUUGGACUUGAUCAUGAAAAAGCACUUUAUUGCACACGUUGUCACCCCGCAAGCGAUGGCGGAUGGAGUAACCGUGCACUCAUACGGGCGGCUGGCCACUUUGAGAUUCUCAUCCUCCCAGGGCAAAGUAUACGUGCAGGCCGACCACAGAAAUCCAGUCGAGGUCAGGGGCGCUGGUGUGCAAGCAGGCGGCGGCAUUUAUUUCCUUGUCGACGAGCUGUUCCUCUGA